AUGGGUAAGCACUGGAGAAGACCACUCACUCAGAUGUACAAGAUCAACUACAACUUCGGUCAAUCGCUCUACUCCAAUUGUCUCGACGAAAUCGACCGCAAAAGCAACAACCGUCUGAGCGGAGUCUACGACACGAGCCGUCCGACGACGUCGGAGCGCGCGGUUCGGACCGCGAGCCAGCUCAUGUCUGACCUGGAAGCCGAGGGUGAAGCCUUCGUCGCGGAUCAGAAGCACACCGACGAGCUGAUCGCCAAAUCGAUGAUCCAGGUCCAGAACCGUCGAAGGAACAUCAUGAGAUCCAUCGAAGUCUAA